ACUGGAGUCGUGAACAUUUCAAGUUAUCAAAAUGGUAUAUAAUUUCAAGGUUUAUAAAAAGUGUUCUCCGAAUGGAAAGAUUACACUGUAUAUGCCGAAGCGUGAAUUCGUUGAUCAUAUUUCUUAUGUCGAGCCCAUAGAUGGUAUUGUCGUCGUUGAUGAAGAAUACGUGCGUGGGCGCAAGGUAUUCGCUCAGGUAGUUUGCACCUUCCGUUAUGGCCGAGAAGAGGAUGAGGUCAUGGGGGUCAAUUUCUACAAGGAACUCUACCUUGCUUCAGAACAGAUCUACCCGCCACCAGAAAAGCGAGCCUAUGAUUUGACACGUACUCAGGAAAGGCUUCUGAAGAAAUUGGGACAGUUUGCCCUGCCCUUCCGUCUAUCAGUUCCAGCUGGCUCGCCUGGGUCGGUCACACUGCAGCCAGGAUUGGAAGAUGACGGUGAGCCGUGUGGUGUCCACUAUUACAUGAAGCUCUUUGUUGGAGACACUGAAAUUGACAGAUCUCACCGAAGGAGCACAGUGGCUCUGGGUAUCCGAAAAGUACAGUUCGCUCCGAACAAGCCCGGCCCACAGCCAUGCACUUUGGUCAGGAAAGACUUUGUACUGUCGCCUGGACAACUGGAGCUUGAACUCACCUUGGAUAAGCAGUUGUAUAUUCAUGGCGAGACGAUCGCGAUCAAUAUAAGCGUCCGUAACCAUAGCAACAAGGUUGUUAAGAAAAUCAAAGCCUGCAUCUUGCAGUCGGUGGAUGUGGUUCUCUUCCAGAAUGGGCAGUACCGUAAUGUGGUGUGCAGCAUUGAGACACAAGAUGGGUGUCCAUUACAACCUGGUGCCACUAUGCAGAAGGUGGUACAACUUCGUCCGGAACUAACUCCAUUGCGUGACCGUCGCGGCUUAGCUCUGGAUGCCCAGCUAAAACGCCAUGACAGCGCUUUGGCUUCUACCACUUUGCUUCUAGAACCAGAACAGCGUGAUGCAUUCGGUAUCAUUGUCAGCUACAGUGCUAAGGUGAAGUUGUAUCUUGGCGCUUUGAAUGGAGAGCUGAGUGCUGAGCUGCCGUUCAUAUUGAUGCAUCCAAAGGAGGGUCGUGCUAAGCUGGUGCAAGCAGACAGUCAGGUGGAUGUUGAAAUGUUCCGGCAGGAUACUGUGAUCCACCAGGAGAGCAUUGACGUGUACUGAUUAGUUCAACCAUUGCAACGAAAGACGUCACCACUUACGAAUUAAAACCAUUAUACUGAAUCCGUAUUAGGCCCGAAAUAUAAACCUUAUUAAUUUUAUAUACAGUUCAUUGAUAUAAGACGAGAUGAUUGGUGCAUUGGAAUUAUACGUACCCAACAGAUAUAAAACAAUCUUUGUUUAGAUAAUCUUCUUAAAUUUAUAUUUUUACGCAGAUUGGAUAUCAAAGUAAACUGGUCUUUAUCUUGAGUACUGGUUUAUAUAUACUAAUUGUCAUCGAUAAAAAGUUUUUUAGGCUACCUGUUACGUAUCAACAUGUUGAUGCUGUUCGUUACAAAUGCCGUAUAAAGGCCGGCUAUGCCCAUGCGCAGCGGUCUACUACUCUGGCCUUUGAGUAGGUUCGUUUGCUUACAUAUCUUAUAAAAUAAACUUUCCGUCUCCGUAUAUAUAAUAAAUUUGAUUAUAAUAUUACAAAAUAUUUGGUCUUCAUAAUUGAAAAUUUGUUUGACGUUGUUGUGGAUAGAAAUACAUAUUUUUAGUUUAUGUUUUCAACUUUAAGGCCCUAUCCCAGCACGAAUUUUUGCAUCAAUGAAUUUUUGUGUCUCGGGGUGGACUGCGGUACGCAAUGGAGAGCUGGAGCACUGAGGCGC